GCACACUUCUGCAGAUGCCCUAAGAACGUAAGAGGAGUCCGGCUGCUGGAUCGGGCCCACCUAGUUAUUACAGUGGCCAACCAGAUGCCCCUUGGGGGAAGCCCGCGAGCAGGAUUCGAGCAUAUAAUAUUAUCAGGAGAGCCCGGCUGCUGGAUAAGGCCAAAGCGCUCAGCAUCAAGCCCAGCAUCCUGUCCCCACAGUGGCCAGCCACGGGGAAUCCCGCGAGCAGAACCUGAGCGCAGGAGCAGCUCUUUUCCCCGUUCUUGAUUCCCAGCAACUGGCAGCCGGAGGCAUCGCUGCCUCCUUUUUAUCGCACUCCGGUUGGAAAUCGGAGCGGGGAGGCCGGCUGAGAGACGUUGCAGCCGCGCUGCCAUAGCCUGGCAUAGUUCAGAUUUAUUUCCCCGCUAUUGCAGAUGGGCAGGCUGUGGCUGAAGGAUACUUCCUUUCACCAAACCUGCACUUUUGGCCACGCGUCACUUUUUCUCCAUAUAGCAGGCAAGCUGGGCGGUAAGGCAGAGAAGGAGAGCGGUGUGCAACGAACACUGAAAGAUACAGCGACAGGAUAAACUUGCUCUUAGCUGUUUGUGGUUGUGUGUUUUGCCCCCCUUGGAAAAGGGUCCCCGAAUAACACCGGAAACCAAGAGGUGUUCGUUCUUCUACCCUUUUUCCUAGCUCUAGGAAAACCGACGGUAGGGUGGGGGCGGGGGGGAGAGGAGAAUUGGCGGGAAAAGUCGUUAGGGAGUUGCCUUCCCUCGCUUUUUGUGCUGCUCAAUAAGCAGGUGCUCCUUUGAGUUCCUCUUUUGGCGCGCUUUUGCAUUUAGUUAUAUUUUCCCCCUCAUGAAGAGCCCCCAAAAUUUGCUAACUCAAUACUUUCCUCUGACAGGGCGAGUUUUUGAUUAUCACAGCCAGCUUAUAAUUACUAAGGGAUUCUGAAAAAACAGCCUGUAUGGUAACGUGACUCCUGAAGAGUUAAACUUUCUAUCACAUACAGUGGUACCUCGGGUUAAGUACUUAAUUCGUUCCGGAGGUCCAUUCUUAAACUGAAACUGCUCUUAACCUGAAGCACCACUUUAGCUAAUGGGGCCUCCUGCUGCUGCCGCGCCGCCGGAGCACGAUUUCUGUUCUCAUCCUGAAGCAAAGUUCUUAACCCGAGGUACUAUUUCUGGGUUAGCGGAGUCUGUAACCUGAAGCAUCUGUAACCUGAGGUACCACUGUACUAGAGUUUAGUAUGCAUGAAAAUGUCUCAGAACAGCAUAUGAUUAACUUUGGCUGUAAAUACACCAUGAUAUUGUAGCCUUUUUAAUCCAUGGGUAGGAAAAAUUGUUGCACCCGAGCAGAGACAAAAGGAACCAAAUGACACCAAGGGGUUAAUCCAGAGAAAGAGCGUUUUAUUCUGCCAUUGGGGGGGGGGGCAGAGGCACCUGUGUGAUUCAGUUCACAAAAGACAGGCCGCAGCAAAAAGCAUUUUACAUCAGGUUUUUUAUCCUGUUCUCCAAACCCCCUCCUUCCCUCUCCCCCUUCACAGAUUUUACAUAGAAAUGUUGCUUUUCGUUCUCUGGCUCUGCUCCCGGAAGUAUGUUGCAAAUCAAUGUACCAGGACAAGGUUAUCUUGGAUCUGGGAAGCGAAAAGCUUUACUGUUCUCAGCUCUAGGUUUGUUACAGCGUUUUCGUUACAGAAGAGGAAUGCUAAGCUCGUGCUUUUUGUCUUAGAGGAAAAUGCAGUUUUAAAAUGCGUACGCCGAGGCCUGGCUGGGGGGAAUUCACAAAGAGUUUUUAGGGCUUUCUGGGGUAACCCUAACUGUACCCCUUCAAUAUAACGUCUAAUAAGGCAAUAUAUUUUAUUUUAAUAGAAAACAUUGACCUAAACUGAUAUUUCCCUUUAGAUCUACCAAGCCACUAAAAUGAGUAAACGGAAGAAGGGACAAAUUCCAGGUAAUAUAAUCACACUGUUAUUUUUUGUCUUUAUAUAAGACUUCCCCCUCCUCCAAUUUUUUCAAGCUAUUUCCAUAUUGUGGUGCUUCAAGACCGGGGCUUAAUGUCACUAGCAGAUUGUGCAGAUCUGAUUUUCUGUGUACACAAAUAGCACAUGACAAUUAACACACUCAGUUCUGUGUAUUCUGGAUCCUCCCCCCAGCCACUACUCCCCUGCCCUCAACUGCCUUUUUUGUUCUGGGCAGAUGCUCAGGUGUGUCUUUACCUUUGUGCAAAUCACUCCCACCCCCAAAAUGCUAAUCUGUGCUUGGCCUAAAUUUAUCCUCAAUUUGUGGAUGUGCACAGAAGUGUCAUGGUCUCAGUUCAAUAAUACAUAGAUGAUGAGGUAGAUUGUUGCUUAUGAAAAGUUUGCAAGCUUACCUGGGAGUAAGCCAGUGUAACCAUUUGCAUAUCAAUUCCAAAAGCUGUCACAUUGACUUGGAACCUAAGCUAAGUUAACUUAAUGAAGUUCAUGGGAGAAAUGUUUCUAGAACCCGCUUCCCCCCUGAGUAAACAUGUCUAGGUUUGCAGUGUACGGUAAGUCAUGAGAGCAUGUGCUUCAAUAAAUCAAGCAGAUCCACUUAAAUUAAAUACAUUUAAACCUUGUUAUUCAGUAGCAGACUUAAAGCAUGUGCAUUGAAAUCAAUGCCUAUUGAAAUCAACAGGAUUUAAAAGUGUUCUCCUUUAGGUGAUUAAUGUAUUUUAUUAUAAAGUCAAUAUCAAUUGCUGUAUUUAUUUUGCAAAAAGGUUGAUUAAUAUUUUUUUCCCCAAAAUAAAAGAAGAGAACAAGGAACAUGGCCUAUCCAAAGCAAACAAGUGUCUUAGGAGGAAGCUUACAGAAGGGAAUGAUCCAGAAAUGCCAGUACAGAAUUUUCAUUCGGACAAUUCUUCCACAAAAGUAAUUGUAUCAGGAACAAUUCAAGAAUGUCAAAGAAAUAGCCUAGCAAACAUGAACACAGAAAAUUUGGCAACAGACCUGGAUACAAGGUAAUCAAGUUUGAUUCAAAGCAGAGUAUGAAAUGACUGAAACAUGGUUGGACUGGACAGAGAAAUCAAGGGGUGUCAACUGAUAAGAGAAAGACAACUGACUGCUCAUAUGAUUAAAUUGUGAUUGUUCUAAAGUAAGGCUUCUGGACAAAAGUUUUAUUAAGCAUGCAAAUUCACAUGGUCAGAUUAUAAUGAUGCAACUAGAGCAAUUACACCAGGACCCAUUCCUGCAAAGGGCUUCAGAUUCUGUACUUUCAGUGUGUAAAACAGUAAGUCUCUAACUGUCCUGGAAGUAAAGUUAUAAAGCAAAAUGUGCAGGCAACUUUCUAAGUGUUUUAUGUGAGAUGAGUCAGCCUGGCUGCUCCCACUUCUCAAUGUUUUUAGCCCCUAGUUGCGUACUUUGCCCUGGGAUGCGAGUGGAAGUAGCGCGCCAGCAGCACGGCAGCAGCAAGAGGCCCCAUAAGCGAAAGUGCGCCUCAUGUUAAGAACGGUUUCGGCUUAAGAACGGACCUCUGGAACAAAUUAAGUUUGUAACUGGAGGUACCACUGUAAUGUAAACCUUUUUGAUAACCAACAAAAAUAUCACAAAAUACCAAACAAACUUUCAAGCUGCCCUGCAUGUUUAGAUUUCAGGUAAGAUUUCAGUUUUAAAAAAUAAUGGAGGAGAAUAAUGUCCAUUUAAUAAGCGCCCAGCAAAGUCUCUUCAUUAGAAGAUCUAAUGCCAUCUUCCUUCAAGUUCUAGGAUCCCUUUCUUUGACAAAGUCCCCAUGAUAUUUUUGUAAGGAAGCUGGUAAAAUGUGGGUUGAAUGAGGUAACUGUUAUGUGGAUUUGUAGCUGGUUAACUGACCGAACUCAAACUGCUCUUAAUGGUUCCUCGUCAUCUUGGGAAAAAGUGACAAGUGAGGUAAAGCAGGGUUCUUUCCUGAGCAUGUUGUUAAAUGUAUUUAUAAACGACUUGAACAAAGGAAUUGUGAGGGUACCCAUCAAAUUUGCAGAUGACACCAAACUGGGAGGGGUAGCUAAUGCCACAGAAGACAGAAUCAGGAUUCAAAACAAUCUUAACAGACUAGGGAGCUGAGCCCAAACUAACAAAAUGAAUUUUAAUAGGGACAAAUGUAUGGUUCUGUGCUUAGGAAGGAAGAACCAGCUGUACAAAUAUAAGACAGUGGACACCUGGCUUACUAGUAGUACAUAUGAAAAGGAUCUGGGGUCUUAGUGGACCACAAGUUUAACAUGAGUCAACAGUGUGAUGCAGCAGCAAAAAAACCCUCAUGCUAUUCUAAGCUGCAUCAACAGAAGUCUAGUGUCCCAAACAAGAGAAGUAAUAGUACCACUCUAUUCUGCCUUGGGCAGACCACAUCUGGAAUACUGUGUCCUGUUCUGAGCACCACAGUUUAAGAAUGAUAUUGACAAACUAGAAGGUGUACAGAGAAGAGCAACCAUGAUGAUCAGUGGUCUGGAAACCAAACCUUAUGAGGAAUGGUUGAAGGAGCUGGGUAUGUUUAGCCUGGAAAAGAGGAGACUGAGAGGAGAUAUGAUAGCCAUUUCCAAAUAUCUUAAGGGCUGUCACAUGGAAGAUGGAGCAUGUUUGUUUUGUCUUGCUCUGGAGGGCAUUUUGCAAAUAGAAUAAACAUCCUGGGAUUUUCAAACAUACUGGAAUUUCCUAUUUACUGUAUUUCUAUUACUAAUUUGCCUUUCCUAAACUUGAAUGUACAUAUAUUUGUUGUCUUUUAACAGCAAGGCUUCAUUUGAGAGGAAAGAGCAAGAUAAUAUGAAGGUUUCUGUACCUCUGUCUCAGGUAAAUUCCGUCUCAAGUAACAUUAGCAGUAUAUUUAACUGUAGGGUAGCUUUUAGUAAUUUCUUGGUUAGGUAAAGUAAACUUACAAAGUAUAGCUGAAUAGACUUCCUUUGUGUUCCUUAUGUGGACAUACUGCUUGAACAAAUCCAAAUCCUUGAUCAAAUCCAAAUCCUUGCAGUCUGUAUCCUUGCAAGAAAGGACAUCAGAUGUGACUGAUAUGCAGCAAGAUUUACCUGGUAGAUAUUGGGUAAUUGACCGACACCUUGUAUGCAUCUUAAGCAUUGUAUCAGGCAGUUUGUUAAGGCUACAAGGGAAUAAACCCCAUUGAACCCAAUAGCCUUACUUCUUUGGUUUGCUCUGUGCAUAGGUUUGCUCUGUGUAGAGAGGAUGAUUCACUAAACCUCCUUACACAUUCUUUCAAUGUGAUGUCACAGGAUUGCAGUGGCUAGCUUCUACCAACUUACUAGCUGGGCAUUCAACAGCCAGAAGAAGAGACCACAAACAUGCACAGAUAUAUACACCUAUUGCUCCUCCAUGCAUAUAUUUCUACGCGUGUGUAGACCCUUCAUAUAGUCCCUUCAGCCUCCUUAUGUAUUGAAAGACUGUAUGAGACAGUCCAAAUGGACUUUCUCCCCUCAUAAGAUCUUCAAAAUAUGUGAGCUAAUCCACAUGGCUGCAAUGCAAGAAUCUGUGAGUUUGUUGAUCAUGUGUUGUUGUUUUGGCUAAUAGCCAAUAAUAUUUCACCUUUAAAAAUGUAUACUGGCAGUGAUUAUAUUGCAUACUUCUGUUUGUCAUGGCUGAAACACCUAGGAAAAUGAACUUAAAAGCUUUUUUAAAAAUCCAAUGAAGAGUUGCUGUGAUUAGGGAAAAGGGCAAGGCUCUUCCACAUUCUCUGCUUCUACAGUGUAUCAACCUACCAGUGCUGGAACAAGUACCAUGGUGGCAGUGAGCGAAAUGAAAGUCACUCUCUUUAGUCACAGAAAAUAAUUUGUACAGAUGGCGAACAUUUUGUGUGCAACCUAUUGAUGUAUAGCUAGGCCUGCAUCAGGAUUUGAAAAGUUGCUUAGAAUUUCAAACAAUGAGAAGUACAAUGCAAACCCAAACCACCAGUGGGCACUCAAAGCCAGAGAGAAAUGAAACCAGGGCAACAAGCCAAGAUGCUUUUGCUUGCACAGCUGGCUCAGUCCUGACCUAAAUACAUCUUCAGCAAUGGUCUGUCUAGCUUUUUCUUGAAAACUGUUAUAGCCAGAAGCCAGAAGAGCAGCCUGUGUCGUUCCGCACAACCUUCCUUUGAAUUCAUAAACUUUAUUGCUGUGUGCAGAUUAAGACCAAGGGUUGCCCCUUGUACAUUUUCCCCUAGUGGAGUUGUAGAGCACAUACUCUGAGAACAGAAGGCCUCAGGUUUGAACCCCAGCAUCUCUAGUUAAAAACGUUGAGUAGUCAUGCGUGAAGAUGUCAAAGACCUCUGCCCUGGAUAGCAACUUCCAGCCAGAGUAGACAAUACUGACCUGGUAUUAAGAAACGCCCUGAACUCCUAACGCCACCCCACCUCUUUAUUGGGCCAAAGAGAACCCAGGAGUCCUGACUCCUGGCCACCAGUUACCUGCUUCGAAAAAACCACUCAGUUUACUCCCUUGCGGAAAACAUUAAGUUAAGCACUCCCUUUGGGCAACAGCUUCCUUCCUUCCUUCCCUUUAUAUUAAAUAUUUGCAGAGCCAUAGCUGUGGGGGGCUAGCUGGUUUUUUUGCCCUGGGUGAAGCCUCCAGAGGGGCACCAUUAAAGCUCAAAACCUCUCUCUCUCUCUGUGUAUGCAAAUGCACAUGGGGGGACGCCAAACUGGGUCUUUGACCCGGGUGAAAUAAAACCUGUUUGUAUUUUUAACAGUUAGUUUGGCUGUGGGGGGUGGGGGUGGAGAGGAAUCCCCCUGCCAGGAAAAGUUCUGAGACAAAGGGAACUUGGACUGCCAGCAACUGGGCAAUCACAUGCGGGAUGAUUCCUGCCAUGCUUGGCUCUAAGAGGCACUGGUGCACUGGUGCUUCACUGUAGUGGGUCUCCGGAAGACAGUGUUUUCCUGCGGAAAUGUGGACACAAUGAUGUAGGACCACUUAAGGCCAGCCCAAGACAUCUUGAUGCCCAGGGUGGGAAAGGAAAUUGGCACCUGCUAAUUAAAGCAGGGUAUAACCCACCAGGUACAGCUGCGAACUAUGUGGCCCCUCAGGUGCCUGGGCACCCACAAAUUUAAAAUGGAGGUGUGCCCCCCCAAGAUUCCACUCGGUGGUGUGUGCACACCAUGGUGAUGUUGGCAUGCCCUGGGCACCCACUGUGGAGGGGGCAAGGUGGCAUGCCUGCCACCAGGAAAGUCACCUACUGAAGCCCAGCUGGGGGGGGAAAGACACCCCCCCCGAUCCUUUCAUUGGGAGAAGUGCAAGAUUGCCAAAGGUAUUUUGCUGCCUGAGGCCAAGGUCAAGAUGGUGGCCCUUUACUUUCCAUUAGGUGCUAAAAUCUCUACAUGUAAACACAUAAUCCAUCAAUAUGAUCAAAUUCAGAUCAUUUUUCUUUUCUUUUUUUCAGUGCAGAAUGUUUUUUUCUUAAAUGUGGGGUAUACUUAAGAACUUAUUGUAUUUGCAUUUUAACCGUUAUAGUAAAUUACUGUUGUUCUUUCACUUUUGUGGAAUUAUUUGUUGCUCACAACGUCUUUUAGUUGACAGUAAAAUAAAUUUGAACUUCUGGUGCGUCUCAUUUUGAGUGAAACUACUACCAAUACUUGUUCAAUAAUUCUAAUAAUUUGAAUCUUAAGUUCCUCUGAGUGGAACCCCACUUGCAGAUAUGAUACUUCCAUGGAGUACCUUGAAGAUACUAUUUGACAAUUCCCUCCGGCAGCCCUCUGUGCCCUUAAGAUCUGCUCUGGAGGGUUGGGCAUCCUCCCAGAGCAGCAAGGAAGGUGACACGGGGAGCUGCAAGGGGAGCAAGAAAUCAGUGAAAAUUGUUUUCUGCCUGUGGGAACCUCUGUUGGAUCACAAUGCCUUGCUUUCAGGAUCCAGCUGAUGAGGUUUUGUCCAAUUUUAUUCCUGUACAAAAUCCUCAGAAAUUUAGGGCAGUCUCAGUAGGUCAAAAAUAAUUUUCUUUGUUGAGCCUGAUAAAUCCAAUCUCUUGAUGCCUUUUUGCUUAAUUUUGGAAGUUGCUGAGGAUAGGAUACUCUUAUUGUUAUUUUUAUUCUUACUCUUAUUGUUGGUUGUAGGGAGGAAAGUUGGUACCAAAGUUUACGAAGCCAAGAAAAACAAUGACUGAAAAAAAGGAAGGAAAUUUUGGAGGAGCUGUAACAACUGGGACAGAAAAGGUACAACAAGCCCUUCCUCCUUAUCUAUAUAAUGUAAUGUAUACCCUUGUGAUUUAGAGAAGUGUUUCCUUAUGGCUGGACAUGGGGAAAACACUUUCGUUUUUGUACUGAUAAUUAAAGACAAACUGCACUCUUCUAGUUCAAAUUAAGCACACUGAAAAUUUCCAGAGGGCUUUUAAUGAUUCGUUUUAAUCAAGAUAUACUGACAUGUUAUUUAAGGAUACUGUUAGCUGUGCUGUUUUAUUUGUAUAUACUAUGGUUUUUAUAUUUGAUUUUAAUAAUAAUAAUAAUAGUAAUAAUAAUUAUAAUAAUAAUAAUUCUAAGUGACAUUCCCUAAGAGGCAGUUCAUAAAUAAAUAAAUAGUUUUAAUGGAGUAAUCCCCCCCCCCAAAUGAAAAACUCACGUUUUAGUUUGUCUUUCAGCUAAGGCACCUGCACACUCUCAAGCAUAUUAAGGACACUAGCUUUGGCAAGACAGGUGGGUCUAGCAGCACCCCCACACUGCAAAGUUGCUUCUUUAGAGGGAGCACAAGCCCAUCUAGGAAUUUAAAGAGUUCCACUGUGUAUACUCCACAAUUCACUGUUUAAACUAGUAAGCCAAGGGCAGAUAAAAAUAGAGUAUUCUUUGGUGGAAGAUGAUAACUUGUGCAGAACUGCAUAUUCACACAUUAAGUUGCCUGUAUACUUAGAUAAUCUUUGGUGUCCCUGCUCCCUUCUUCCAAUAAGGUUAGGCAAAGGGCAAAUGAAGAAAGGGCCUUCUCAAUUGGGUCAACUUGCUUAUGGAAUGCUCUCCUCAGGGAGGAUUGCCUGACACGUACUCUAAUGUCUUUUCAGCACCAUGCAAUUACUUAAAAAACAAAUAUCUUAAGACUUUUUACCUGAACGGGCUUUUCUGCUGUUGAAUAUGCCUUUCAUUAUGUCAGCUGUUAUUAUUUUGAUUGUUUCAGUAUUACUGUAAGCAAACUUGGAAGUUCGCUUGCUUGUUAUAAGCUGUAAAAAGAUUGUAAAGGCACUCAGAAUCUGAAGGGGCAGUAUACUGAUGGUUAAAUACAUAGAAAUGCACUAUUAAAUGGGAACUGGCAGCCAUAGUCAGAAAAUGCUAAAUGUUUGUGCUACUUUUUUCUACUGACGCACAAUUUUGUCAACUUCUUCAAAGGGUGAUUGUAUGGAUAGAAAUGUUACCAGCACAGCAAAAAAUUAUGUCGAGAACACUGUUCCUUCUUCACAGACACCAGAAGCAGCGGAUUCAUUGGUGACAAAAGUGAAGGAUGCUGGAGAUCAAGUGAUCAUUCAUUGUGAAAAAUUAAGUAAAAGACUGGAUGUUAAAAUGCAAGAUGAGGACAAGAUUGGAAGGAUAAACAAUGAUGGUGCAAACUCAGGCUUAGCUGAUUCCUGUCAAGGAACGGGGACAGCAUCCAAUUUACAAGAAAGUAUCUGUGAAAAGGAAGUGUCAGGUAAUAAGGAUGUAGAUGGUCUGUCUCUAGAGCCAUUUAAAUGCCAAUUUGUUAAGGAGAUGAGCAUUAGUAUGUUGGCAGACGACAGUGUCACUGACCAUAUUAAAAGUACCCCACAUGAAGAGCAUCUUGAUACUUCAAACAAGUGUAUGGAUAAAAAUAAAGCUUUCCAUGAUAUCACAAAUUCAGAUGAUGUAAAAGAAGCAAACUGGGCCAAAAAUAGAAGUUGUAAAGAUGCAAGUCUUACUGAGUGCAUGUUCAGCCAAACCCAAAAGGAGAACAACAGAACAUAUUUCCCACUGGAGACAGGUCUAUCAUUUCUCACACCUGGAGAACAGGGCAAACAUCUAAAUACAAGCAAUUUAUCUAGAGACGGAGAUACUGAUGUCAAAAAAGCAGACCAGGGCCUUUCAUAUAGAAGCGGGGAAACUGAAGAGCAAAAUGUCAUUUGCAGCAAUACUGAAAUUUCAGAACAUGAGGUCACUUUGUGCAGCUCUGCAGUGAGUGAAAAGGGGACAGACAAGCAGAACCUGUGGUCAAGUGGCAAACCUGUAGAGCAAAAUGGUAUGAGUAAAACUGCAAGCCAAAGCAACCCUUGUACAGAAGAGACCAUAGUUGCAGAGCAAAACAGUGUACAAGGCCAGAAUACUUCCAGGAAAGACGUUCUAGAUAUUCAAUCUAUGAGUAUUUAUUUGGAAAAGAAAGCAGAUCUUUCUGAAUCAAAAUGUGAACAGGUUUUUGAAACAAGUGAUAUGUUCUUGCCACAGCCUAAUGAGGAUGUUCACUCUGAGAGCAGCACAAUCUCAGUGCAAGCAGUGAUUUGCAGCGAAGAGACAGGGAGGAAUAAAAAAGAAUCUGAAAUGAAAGCAAGGCCAGCAAAAAGCACCACUGGCUCACCUGACCCAGAAGUUCCAGUUUUACAGACCCAAAAGAAAAAUGGUAGUGAGAGAUUGGUGUCUGAUACAAAACAGUCUGAAUUCAUCAGAUGUGAUUUGGAACCAGCUGAAAUUAGGGAAGUGCUGUCAGAUAUUUCCCAGCAAAAUUUGACUGAGACUGCCAAGGCAGAAACAAACCCAACAGAAAACUCUUCUGCUGACAUCUACAUGGAGGGAAAAGAAGAAAUGGUAACCUGUGAGGACAACAAGAACAAACCUGCCCAUGAGGAAAAUGGCCUCUCCACAGUCAAGGUUAUUCCAGCACCAUUGGUGGUGGAUGAUCCUGGUAGAGAAAUGAAUGCUGGUUCCGAAAUGCAGAAGUCUCUCCUUGCAUUAGGUACAGGUUGCAGCAGAAAUGCACCAAGCGGCCUUGAUACUAUGACCCAAACAUGCUCUCCUUGCACAGAUUCCCUUUCUCUGGAUAUGGAAAUUCUGUCUAACAGUCAGCUACUGGGCAUCUUUGAAUUUCCACCACACAAGGUGAGUUGAUCAUGAAUGACUAGAUUUAGAAAGUGAUAGUUUUACUUCUUCAUAUGACAGUUACUAUUCAACAGAAUCAAUAAGACCUUAACACUCCAGCAAUCCUUAUAAGAUUGUAUUUAUAAAUGCAAGUAUCAGUACCCAUCAUAUGAAUUUAUGAAGGAAUUGGCCUUGCACUACUACCGGUACAUACUUUUAGUGAAUUAGUAGAUUUAUAUCCCACUUCCUUGCCGGAGUCCUUAAAGCAGCUCAUAACUUAACGAAAACCAGUGGAUUCCAAUUUUACUGUAGUUUGAAUAAUUUUUAAUGGUGUUACCGUGCAAAAUAAUUGUAGCAACUGAAGUGCAUCCCAGUAAAAAUAUUUGUGAACCAAUUACAGUAGUAUAUAAAAUGGUCAUUUCCAGAUCUAACAAACCCAUUGUAACUAGUACGGAUUCUGUAGAUUAACUGAAGCUGCAACAAUGGAAGCAGUGGCUCCCAUUCUAGUUCUUUAAAAUAGUUUGUACUUGCCUUUGUGGCUCCUCUGGACUAAAAAACCUGGAUAGAGCUGGGAGGGACUUUGGAGGUCAUCUGGUCCAAUCCUCUACUUAAUGCAAGGUUCGCAAUGGGGGAUGCAACUAUAGGAGGCCUGAUUGAUGGACAUCCCACCUCUGCUUAAAUACCUGCUGUGAAGAAGUGUCCCACAUCUUCCUAGUUAUUCUGCUCUCCUGUCAACUAGCUCUUAUCCUUAGGAGGUUUCUUCCAGUGUUAUGCCAACAUCUGUUUCCUUCUAAUUUCUAUGCAUUCAUUUUAGUUCUGUUUAUGUUAUGUCUCACAAGGAUGUGGGAGGAAAUUCUUCGCUGUGUGCGUGGAGCAGGUGCCGGCCUGUUGCUGAGGGAGGAUGGGGAUAGCGGCAGUAGCAAUGGGGGGGGGGGGAGAAAAGGGGCUUGCCAGCAGAACACACUGUAGAUGAAGAAUGGUGAUCUGUCCCCUUGCCCUCCCCAAAGUAGCUCAGGUUACAAACAAUCUCUGCUUGCUUGCAGGAGGCUUCUCUUAAAAUUAUAUCCAUCACAUCUAGCCAAAAGAAACAAUAAAAAUUAUUUGCAUAAAGUCUAAAAGCUAACUAGUGGAUAUGUCUAUGUAUCAACAUUCUGAAACCUGUGUCUAAUAACCCAAUUAUUACAUUAAUUAUGAACAUUAUUGCUGUAGAUUUCUCCCUACCUGGUUGAGAUUGUGAUUGAACAAGUCCUUCACUGCUGCUUUUUACAUAGAGAACAUACCUGUAUCGCUAAACUGCAUUUCUAUCCCUUCAGACAUCCUUUCUGGAUAAUCCACAUAGCCCUUCCAAGGAUAAAAGUGAUCAGUGUGCUGUAGGAGAACAAAGUGGAAUCAAAACACCAGUCCCAGCCAUUAAUCUGAUCUAUCCAAAUAGUGACAGGUGGGUGGAUUUCCUAGUAGGAGCUUUCUUGGUACUGUAUUUUGCAUUCCAGUUGGUAUUAUUAGGCCUACUUAUGUUGCUUGCAUGAGUGUGUACACACACCUGAAACACCAGAGCUAAUGGAAGUGGAUGAUUUUUAUUUCCAUCUCAAAAGCUUGGGGCAGGCAGUUUUAAGAAAAAGUGCAAUAAAAAAACAUAAUUAAAACCUAUAUUCUACAUAAAUAUUUAAUACGUCAUUUGUUAGCUGUGCUAUUUGUAGGAUGGGAUUGGAAUCCUAGGUCAAGGGUCAGUGACUAUUUGGAGCAAAUAUAAUAUCCUUUGAUGUUUGAAAAGGCAUGACACCUGGAAAACACUCACACUUUUAAUAUAGAAAGAUAUACAGUAUAUUGCUGAUCUCCUGCUUCUGUUUUCCUUCCCCCCCCCCCAAAAAAAACAGGAAUGAGAUGACUGAGGGGAUUUGUGAUCCAUACAAACAAGAAGAUGCAACAGAUGUUGUUUGUGGACUGAUUAAAGAGCUCUCUAAUCUCAAGUAAGAACUUAUUUCUGUACCAUAUCCAAUACUUCAUAAAAAAUGAGGUUCUUGAAGGCCUGAGAUAAUGUGGUCACUGUCAUAGCAUCUACAGCAAUUACAUAGCUCCCACAGGAAUCCUAGUGUAACAUUCUUAGCUUAAAUGUGCCUGAUUUAAAGACAAAAAGACAUGUUUGGCCUAGCAACCACUAUUAGGCAUGGUAGUUAAAUUGAAUGUCUAUGUGUUUUAUACCCCUGCAUGCCAGAUGCUGAGGACAAACACUGAGGAAAAGCUAUUGCCUUUUAUGCCUGUUUGUGAUCUUCCCAGAGGCAUCUGGCCCAGGACUGUUUUAAGGGUUUACUGAAUUGCAAGUCCUAUCACAAUUAGUGGGAUAUAUGCCAGAUCCCAACGACAUCUACUGGGGUGUAAGUCCCACUGAUUUCAGAUAAUUUUAUUUUCAUAUGUGUUUAACCUUUGGGUUAAAAUGACUUUUAGGAAUGCCUUGAAGAUUUUUUAAAUGCCAACAUGGCUAUGCAGGUGCUUCAAACAUUCUGAUUAGCCAGUCAUUUAAGGAUAUUGUUUUGUGCUGUUUUUAAUGUUUUAUGUUUUAUCAUUGUUUACACUGCCUUGAUUUGUUAUAGUGGUAUAUAAAUACUUGUAUAAAUAAAUAAUAAAUCUCCCUCCCCUCCAGAUCUGGAUUUCCUCCCUGCCCACGCUGCUGUGCCCAUGCUGCUGCUAACCCCUCCUAUGGCAAUUGCACCAGAGUAAUGACAGGGGUCAGAUCUGCUGCCUGAGGCAAAAUUUUUUGCCUCAGGCACCAGAUCUGACUUGCUUCAUUAAGUGCCAGCCUUGCUGAGGGCUGACCGGAGGUUGCCUCUUGUGCCUCUUUUGAGUGCUGCUAGGAGCCAUGAGGCAUAUCAGCCACAGCCACAGUGAGGAAGUAGGAGGUAUUUUCCCCUCCCCAGUCACUUUUCCAGCCUGCUACAGCUCUUAGACUGAGAACUGGAGAACAUGGCACAUGAACCCUUUCAGCUACCUUGAAUUAUUUCAGCUCUUUGAUAAAUCAAAUUCCUUGCAUUUGUUCUGGAGCAAAAAAUAUUAAUUGUUGGAACCUGCUUCUUUAGAUAACAGUGACUGAAUUGUUCUGCAAGGGGUUGCAGUCUAUAAUUUUAUUUCUGCAGCUUACUUGAGAAGUGCCUUGCUAACAUGGAACCCACUGUGGUGUGGUUGGGUUGUUUUGUUCUUCCUAGCCGACUUAUCAUGAGUACACACAGAGACCUGGAUUCCUUCAAGAGACUGAAGUUCCGGAGAAACAGACAAUCUGGGAAGCUUGUACCUCAUAGCGUGAGCAAUGUGACAAGCACACUUUGUACAGUCAAAAAGAAGAGAGAGAUUUAGCUAGUGAAUUCUGUUCCUGCUUUGAAAGUUUGCUUUGUUAUGGUUUUCUUUAGCUAUUUCAUUUAGCAGUGGGGUCAUUUAUGCUUAUCUGCAUCAAAAUAGACUGUUAGAUGCAGAAUAAAAUUAAUAAAAUGAGUAUAAUUAGUCAUCUUCACAUCCCACUAACUAUCACAGCAAUGUAAAGGACCAUUAUAAAUAAGAACUGGGUCCAAUGUCUUGGUGCACAAUCCAGUAAGUAAAGUUACCUGUAUAUCAGCUGCGAUCAAUAUCCCUUUCACCACCAUCUCUUAACAAACUCUUAACAUAACUUUCUGGGUGUGAACUCUUGUCCACAAUUGUAAAGAGUUGCCCUAUGUUCAGGCAUGUAUCUAUAGUUCUUCCUCCAUUAGGCCAAAAUAUAUCUUAUGGAAUGCAAAAAUAAAAAUAAAACCUUAAAAGCCAG